GAUCCCAACCGGGGCCCCGUUUCAUCAAAAUUUGCGAUGCGAUAUUAUCGCCGAUCGCCGAUUGCUGAUCUUUUACCUGCGAUUGCGAUAUUUUUUAAAAAGCGUUUCAUCAAACAUAUCGCAGAUUCUUGCCGGUAGUUUGCCGGUAGUUUAGUGCUAUGAGCGAUAAUCGCUCACAGUCUACUAUCAAAAUGACGUAAAAAACGGGCACCUGCUGAAUCUCGCGCCACCUGUCAUAUUUGACAGACGAUCAAACAACAACAAUGGCAGAUCUCGUAGAGAAUAGGAGCGCCUCUUGGCAGCCAAGAGAACUCGAGGAACUGCUCGAGGGCGUCAAACAAAAUUAUGAAGUGUUGUGGGGCAAAUUGUCCGGCACAUUAUCAAAGAAAGACAAAGACCGUGCAUGGUCGGACAUCGUCCAAUCAAUAAAUUCCGUAGGGGGGAACGAGAGGAACGUAGAAGAUUCAAUGAAAAAGUGGUGUGAUUGGAAGAGCCGGACCAUUAUGAAGGAUGCCAAGAGAAGACGCUUUGUGGAAAGCUCUGGGGAGGCAGCUCUUCCAAAAAAAAUGCAAUUAACUGUUUUGGAGGAUAAGCUAUUGUCCUUAGUGCCCAAAACAAAGCUGUUCGGAGUGCAAGGUGGAGGGAUCGAUACCGGUCCACUCAAGAGAUCCAUGCAAGAAAAUGAUAACCUAGACAAAGGAGAGGAAAAUAAACGCCUCAAGCAGAACGUUCCAAGUGAGCCUGUUCCCAUUCAAACAAGCUCCAAAAGCACUGCCAGCAUCCCUGCCAGCAACAGCAACAGGAAGACAAGUAUGAAGGAUUGUGAUUGUCAUCAGGAAAUGAUUGACAUAUCUCGGCAAAUGCUAGAGGAGAGUGUAAAGCGGAAUGAAAUACUGCGGGACAUAAGUUCAACACUAAAAUUAACAGCUGGCAAAGCUUUCCUGGACAACUUGUUGGAUCCCACAAAUUUUUAAAAGCGGGGGCCAUAGACAAAACUAGUCUAUAAAAAGUGUGUUAAUUAUGUUUAAAAAAAUAACACCCCAUGAUAUACAUUUUGCUGUUAUUUCUACCUUGUUUAAAGGGACCUAUUCACAGAUUUAUGCAACUACUGAAGUUUGUCAUUAAAUGCUUAAAUUUAAUAAAUGUAAACAUUGGAACUAAAUAGCUCCAUAAAAAAAGUGAAUACAUGUACAAUUAAAGAAAAAAAGUUAAACUCAACUGGGCUCGAACCACUGACCCUUGGAAUAAGAGUCUAGCAUUUUAGACCACUCGUUCAUCCAUGCUAUUACAGUGAGUGGUAUAUGUUAUACAUGUACUUCAUAUAAAAAAUCCUUGUAGUGUCACAAAAUAUAACGAUAACAACAGAA